UUGAACACAGAAGGAUGUCGUCAGUAAAGUAAGGGAAUAUUACAAGGAGACUGGUGAUAUUGAUGGUACUCUAAGGCAGAUACCUCGCCAUAUGGUUGCUGAACGAGCCAUUCUACAAUGCCUAAAGAAAAACCAAGCAAACUAUUUACAAGCUCUUAAGGGUAUACCUAGGACUCUUCGAAUGAUGUAUGUACAUAGUUAUCAAAGUUAUCUGUGGAACCAUGCAGUAAGCUUCAGGGUGCAAAAGCAUGGAUUUGACCAAGUUGUAGUGGGAGACUUGGUGCUUUGCAAAGAAAACUGUACUGGAAAUGAAACUUCGUAUUUUGAAUGUGAAAAUGGUAGUGAAAAUGCCACAAAUGAUAACACCAACACAGAUGAAGUUUCUGAAACUGAUAUUCCUGAGGAAACAAAUAUCUUAGUUAAGGUGGUGAAUGAAGAAGAUAUAAAAUCAGGAACUUAUUCAGUCGAUGAUGUUGUCCUUCCAUUGCCUGGGUCAAGAGUAAUUUAUCCGUCAAAUGAAAUUGCAAAAGUAUACCAUGAUUUAGCAGAAAAGGAUGGCAUCAAAUUGGCUGAGUGCACACACAAUGUCAAGGAGUUUUCGAUAACCAGUAUGACUGGUGGAUAUAGACGUGUUUUCCAAAAACCGAAGGAGUUUGAAUGGGAAUUGCUUUCUUAUACUGAUGGUACACAACCUCUGGUGGAAACAGAUUGGGAUAUUAUUGCUAAAUCAAUGCAAAAUAGCCAGGUUAAGGGUUCAGAAUCAGUUAAAGGCAAGGAUGAAGUUGCAAUUGGUAUUAUAGCAGAUCCAAAGAAUGUUGAAGCUGAGAACAAACAUGACCAGGAACCAGGCGCAGAACCUGACUACAAGGAUAUCAUUAUAAGCAGAGAAGUGUCACAAUCUGAGGAAGAUUUGGAUAGUUCUACUUCUCAGGGAAGCCAAAUGGCUCUAAAAAUGAGUUUUACCCUGCCUGCCUCUUGUUAUGCAACCAUGGCUGUGAGGGAGCUGCUGCGAUCAUCAACAUCUGUUGCAUAUCACAAGUCCUUAAAUGAGUCAUAAACAAGCCCACAGUUCACUUUGAAGAUUUUUUUUCAAUCCAUUUUUCAACUAUUGGAUACAAGGUAUUGCAUCUCAUAUUGCUAUUAUACAUUGUGCAUUGAAGAACACUAACACUUGGAAAGUGUGUGAAACCAAGUGAUAUUAGAACAGGAUAAAAUGUGCUGAAACUCUUAGCAUAAUUUCACUAGAGCAUAGUUGUGAUGAUCAUUCACUACUAGAAACUUGAGAGUGGGUAGUUUAACUCUAAGUCAAUUAAUUUAAUAUUCUGCU